UAGAAACACAUUCACCAUGGGGAGUGCAUCCUGGGAGCAGAGACUUAUCCAGGGAGGGGGGCUCCAUGCUGGACCUGCAUGGUGGCGCUGUACUCAGGGCUUCCCUUCUUGCAGCUCAGGACCUCAGGCCCCUGCCCGUGGCUGGAGGAGAGCAUGGACGAGCAGGAUGAGAAGCCCCCAGGGCCCCUGAAGGCCUGUGCGCAGGACUCUCUCCUUCCUCAAGAGAUCAUCAUCAAGGUCGAGAGAGAAGAUGCUGAGUCACUGGCCGUCCCAUCCCAGGAAGGAGUGAACUUCAAAAUUGUGACUGUGGACUUCACUCAGGAGGAAGAGGGCAUUUUGAACCCUCUUCAGAGGACCCUGGACAGAGAUGUGAUCCUGGAGAACCACAGGGACCUGGUCUCUUGGGACUUGGCAACUGCAUUUGGAAGAAGAGAAUCAACAUCAAAGCAGAGCAUUUUUGAUGAUGAACCAUCCCAUGGAGUGAAGAUAGAAAGGUUGACAAGAGAUGAUUCUUGGUUAUCUUCAUGUGAAGAAGUUCAGGAUUAUAAGGACCGGUUGGAGAAGCAACAGGAAAAACAAGAGAGACUUUUGAAGGAAGUGGCAUUUACUCAAAGGAAAGCUGUUUCCAUUGAGAGAGUCUGCAAAAGCGAUGAACUUGAGAAGAGUGGUCUGAAUUCCAGUCUUCUUUCACCUCAGAUGAUACCCAUAAGAAACUGUUUUCAUAAACAAAAUGCUUCACCUGUUAAAAAGUUGCAUCAUAAUUCUGUUGUGAAUAAUCAUCAGAUGAUUAAUGACAGUGAGAAACUAUGUGAAAAUGAUGAAUGUGGGAAACCCCCUCAGAGCAUUCACCUUAUUCAGUUUACAAGAACUCAAACAGAAGAUAAAUCCUAUGGAUUUAGUGACAGUAUUCAAUCUUUUAGCCUUGGUACACCCCUAAAUAUGCAUGAGAAAAUACAUGCAAGAGGAAAAUCCUUUGACUUUAAAGAAUGUGGGCAAGUUUUGAACCACAGCAUAUCCCAUAAUGAACGACAGGGAAUCUCUGUUGAAGAGAGUCAAUAUAAAUAUAGUAAAACCUCCCAGAGUUCAUCCCUUGCUCAACACAUGAGAAAUCAUUCUGAAGAGAAACCCUUUGAAUGUAACCAAUGUGGGAAAUCCUUCAGCUGGAGUUCUCAUCUGGUUGCGCAUCAGAGAACUCAUACAGGGGAGAAACCGUAUGAAUGUAACGAAUGUGGGAAAUCCUUCAGCCGGAGCUCUCACCUCGUUUCCCACCAGAGAACUCAUACUGGAGAGAAACCUUAUAGAUGUAAUCAGUGUGGAAAAUCCUUUAGCCAGAGCUAUGUCCUUGUUGUGCAUCAGAGAACUCAUACUGGAGAGAAGCCUUAUGAAUGCAAUCAAUGUGGAAAGUCAUUCAGGCAGAGUUAUAAACUUAUUGCACAUCAAAGAACUCAUACUGGAGAGAAGCCAUAUGAAUGCAAUCAAUGUGGGAAAUCAUUUAUCCAGAGCUAUAAACUUAUUGCACAUCAAAGAAUUCAUACUGGAGAAAAACCCUAUGAAUGCAAUCAAUGUGGAAAGUCCUUUAGUCAGAGUUAUAAACUUGUGGCCCAUCAGAGAACUCACACAGGAGAAAAACCCUUUGAAUGUAACCAGUGUGGGAAAUCCUUCAGCUGGAGCUCUCAGCUUGUCGCACAUCAAAGAACUCACACUGGAGAGAAACCCUAUGAAUGUAGCGAGUGUGGGAAAUCUUUCAACCGCAGUUCUCACCUUGUUAUGCAUCAGAGAACUCAUACUGGGGAAAAACCCUAUGAAUGUAAUCAGUGUGGGAAGUCCUUCAGCCAGAGUUAUGUUCUUGUUGUACAUCAGAGAACUCACACUGGAGAAAAGCCCUAUGAGUGCAGUCAGUGUGGGAAAUCCUUCAGGCAGAGCUCAUGCCUUACUCAGCAUCAGAGAACUCAUACUGGAGAGAAACCCUAUGAGUGUAAUCAAUGUGGGAAAACGUUCAGCUUGAGUGCUCGACUUAUUGUACAUCAAAGAACUCAUACUGGAGAGAAGCCCUUUACGUGUGGUCAGUGUGGGAAAGCUUUUAUUAAUAGCUCUAAACUUAUUAGACAUCAGGCAACUCAUACUGAAGAGAAAAGCUAUGAAUGUAACUAGUGUGGAAAUCUUUCAGCUGGAGUUUCUUUCAUUCUUUUCUUUCCUUUUUUUGUUCUCUCUCUUUCAAGGGAGUAUCUUUAUUGGGAAGAACUAGUAUAAAAACAACGUAUGUGGAAAAGCUUUCAGUUAGCUCUCUGUUAUUGUGUGUCUGGAAAUUUGUUCUGGAGAAGAAAGGAGGGGAAACUACCAAUCACAUAUUUUACUUAGCAAUUGCAUAUUCAAAAUAAAACUUAGCUGUUAUGACAUAUUCCCACAAAAGUAAAAAAUAUUGGCACUUUUCAUGCAGAAAGCACUCAGACCCAAAUUUCAGAGAAUUACCAUUAAAUGGGCAAAAUGCUGUGGAGUGAGUGCCGGCGAAGUAGACUUCUGUUCCAGUAAAGAGUAAAUGAGAAUGCUAGCACUGGUGGGCUUGUUGUUGAGAAGGUUGGAAAAUCUUUGUAGUUAUUAGAACUUAGGCCAGAAAACAGAACUUCAAUGUAUCCUUUUAUGACAUGAUUUCUCCAGUAGCUAGUUUGUAAUCUGUUUCAUACAGCACUUUCUCUUAUAUGUGAAGAUGUUGUAAAAAUUAGGAAAAUGGCUAUGAUCUGAAGUGAAAAAUGCAGGACAAGAGUAUAGAAUGUUCAUUUCUAGAACCAUUGUGAUAAGAUAUUUGUGUGUGGAUCAGAACUGAAAGGGAUUCUGGGUGUAUCUAUUUGAUUUUUAAGUGUAUGCCUGGUUUUCUUCUUUUUUGGAUUGUAUGCUAUUUUGGUAUAAUAAAUGAUUUGAUGAGUAAAAAUUAGUCAAAGACAAAGAAAAAGUUUUUCAUUUCUUUUGUCUAACCAUUUAGGAAAGACUGGGUGACAAGAUAGCAAAGAUUCCUCAGGGUUAUGAGAUUUCCUUUUGGAUAAGCAUGAGCAGAUCACUCCUUAGGACUUAGAUUCCCAGAGAUAGUCCCCAUUGA